AUGAGGGCGCUACGUAGGGAGAGGAAGAAGGACGUGCAGCCGCCGUGGGCACACAGUAUGAUUACGCAAAGCAUUGCGGCACGAGCUGCGAUGGCGCAGAGUGCUAUAGCGGAGAGUGCUAUAGCGGAGAGUGCUAUAGCGGAGAGUGCUAUAGCGGAUAAUCAAGUGGGGCAGGUCUCGUUUGACAUCCUCGUUUUACUGGCUUUCGUUCGCUUUAAGAUGCGACAGCAGGAGCCGUCAGGUUUCAAUCAGAAUGGCGGGUCUGGUGGAGGCGAAAUGCAGGCUGAUCUCGCUGCACCUUUGUCAGCCAAUCAGCAGCAGCCAGCAGCCACGUCUGCAGCAGCGACAGGCUCGGCAGGCCCUUGCGAACCGCCGUCCGAACCUGUGGCUUCAGGGUCCGAACGACGUCCGAAGCGGAAGAACAAACGAAUCGUGGUGGACCAGAAAAUUGAGCGGGAAAUCUUGGCUCUCAAAAAAGCCCACCCCUUUCUCACCAGCGAGCAGAUCGCACGUGCAGUGGCGAAGCACUUCGGAGUGACGCUGAGGGAGGCAAAGGUGGAGAUGAUAAUCGUUCGCGCCAAAACCGACCCGUCCGUUAGAAGCAAGUGGCACAAUUUUUGGCGCAAGCGUUACAAGAACCCGGAAUUGGAAGCAGAUCUGCUGCAGUGGAUACGCGAGAGGAGGCGCCGGGAGUCGCUGAAAGCGCAGAACAUUCUAAACGGAGUUAAGAGGUUUGUGACGUUGAAAGAAAUGGUGGAUUAUGCGAUGGCUAUAGGGCCGUCGUACGGCGUCCCGGCAGAGCAUAUUUACAGCAAGGAUUGGAUGCUCCGGCUAUUAAAGGACCACGGGUUGAAUUCGAGAGGGGAGGAGAUUAAUCUGGGCGGAGGCGGAGGCUCGGAGACUGAUGCUGGGCCUGAUGGAGCAGGUUCGGGGGAAGAGGGUCCUGCUGGUGGUGGUGCUCAAGGCGGGGACUCAGGCUCGGGGCGUGUUCCUUGGAACGAGGUUCCGUUUGAUAUCCGGACUCGGUACGAGAUUUCGGUGGUCAAGCGUGCACGGCCGAACUUGGACAAUAAGGUGAUUGCUGCAGCGAUUACAGCUAAGUACGGAAACGAAACGGGGAUGAACUUUCGGUCGCUGGACAGAAUAAGUACGUUUUACGACAAGUGGUUUGGGAUUGUUACCGCAGCGGUGCCAGAUCCGAACCUGUUACGAAUGGAGGAGGCUUUGGCUGAGUGGGUGAUUAAAAAGGAGGAGAGGGAGAAGAGGGAGGUGACUCGAGAGGAGAUUAUAGCGAAGGCGAAGGAGAUAGGCCCGGGGUAUAAUGUGCGGCCGGGUUUCAAGUAUGGCAAGUCGUGGGCGGCGAGGUUUACAAAGAGGUUUGGGUUGCUGCUGCUGUUGGAUACUAGUAACGAGGAUGCUGAUAACGAGGAUGAGGGAGGCGCGGGAGGAGAGGGAGGAGCGGGAGAGGAUGGGAUGGAGAAAGGAGACGAAGAGGAGGGAGAGGUGGAGGGAUGGGAUGGUGGGUUGAUCAGUUUUGUGAACAUGCGGAUUCGGACUGCUGAGCGCGCUGCCUGGCAGGUGCUGCAUAAGACGGUAGGGGGUACAGCAGCAGGACGUUCCAUAUCGAGUACAGGGGUAGGAAGGGGAGGAGAUGAAGGAGGUGAAGGAGUAGGAGGGGGCGUUGUGAGUACUUCUGAGCCUGAUCGUGGAAAUUUAAGGGAAGGGGAUUUUUCGAGGGCAAAUAACCCUUGGUCUGCGGAUGCCUUGACUGAGUUACUAGAAGAAGAAGAGGGGAGGGACUUGGUUGAUAGAACAGGGUCUGGGAGGGAUGGAGGAGGGGGGUUGCACACAGAUGGGUAUGCAGAUGGGGAGAGCACAGGAGGGGCCUUGGGGGUAGAGGAGCGGACGAAUGGUGGUGAUGCUGAUGGUGGUGGUGCUGCUGAUUCUGAUGCUGAUUAUGAUGAUGAUGCUGAUGCUGGUUCUGAUGCUGAUGCUGAUGAUGACGGUGCUGGUGCUGCUGAGAGUGUUCGUGCUCCUACAGCUGCAGCAGGAAUGAGGAAGAGAGGAAGCAAGCGGGUUAGAUGGGAGGACGAUGCUGGUGAUGAUGGUGGUGGCGAUGGUGGUGAUGGUGCUGGUGAUGGUGGCGAUGGUGGCGCUGGUGGUGGUGAUGGUGUGAAGAAGCGAAGGCUUGGACAACUUACUUCCGGCACAGAGGCUGUCGCUGUAGGCACAUGCGCUGCCUCCCCAGCCAUAGGUGCAGGCCCACAAGCCACGGGAGCAGCCCCCAGCGCACCUACCGGCGUCUCUUCCCGCAUGCCCAUUGUCAUCGGCCUUGCCGCUCCCCGUGAUCCCAAUACCCCUGCCGCCCCCCACACCACCACGCUCCUCCACCUCCCCUCCCAAGCCCCACCAGCCACAGGUGCAGAACCUAGCAUACCCACCGGCGUCUCUUCCCGCGUGCCCAUUGUCAUCGGCCUUGCCGCUCCCAAUGAUUCCAAUACCCCUGCUGCUCGCCACACCACCACGCUCCUCCACCUCCCCUCCCAAGCCGCCCUGGCUUCCCGAACCACAGUCCCUUUGCACUCCUUUCAGGGCGGGCUAGCCGCCCAAGCCGCCCAAGCCGCCCAAGCCACCCGAGCCGCCCAAGCCGGCCAGACCACGCCUCCCCCACAUACCUCCAAAGUGCCGCCUAAGGAGGGGAAGGAGCGCCGGCCCCGCCAUUCCGUGCUGACGCCAGGGCAAAGGCGGGCCUUCUGCCUCGUGCAACGGGCGCUGCCGAACCUGCGCCAAGCCUACCUCGCCAGAGCUGUGCUGCCGGCUUGGGGCGUGCAGAUAUACAGCGCUACUAUAUCGUACAUAGUAAGAGAUAGGUGGUGGUGGAUGACUAUUCCCCGGGGGAAAGAGGAGGAGUCGAGCAGAGUGCCUGGGAAGGCGUGGAGGAAUAUGGGGAAGAAGAAGAAGAGGAAGAGGAGGAAGAAGAAGCGGGUGGUUGGAGCGGGGGUGGGGAGGUGGGCGAGGUUGGAAGAGGCGUUGGGGCGGUGGUUUGAGGAGAUGGGGGCGGAAGAAUUAGUUUGCCGGGGGACGAUUAGAGAGCGCAGGCUGGUGCUAGAAGAACAGGGGGAGGAUGGGGGGAAGGAUGGGGGGAGGGAUGCGGGGAGGGAUGCGGGGAGGGAUGGGGGGAAGGAUGCGGGGAGGGAUGGGGCACCUGAGAAGGGCACCUUGCCUGUGUUUCUGACAUUGGAAAUGGUAUCUGACAUGGGAAGGAAACUUGGGCCUGCUUUAGGCGUUUCGAGUAACUUUAAGUAUGGAAUUGGGUGGGCAGAAGCGGUGGUGGCGCGAUAUAGGGUGAAGAAGACUGGGGUGGUUGGGGGAAUUGAGGGGGCAGGGGGAGAGGGAGCAGGGGGAGAGGGGGCAGGAGAAGGGGUGCUGAGGCGGGAGAAUGGAGAGGGAGGGGAGGGGGAGAGGGCGGAGGGGAAUGAGGAGGCGGAGGAAGAGGAGGAAGAUUCAGAUGAGGAGGAUGAUGAUGGAAGCGACGAGGAAGAGGGAGAGGGGGAUGAAGAGGGGAGCGAGCAGGAGGGAAACGAGGAGGGGGGGAACGAGGAGGGGGGGAACGAGGGAGAAUGCUGGGAUCCAGAUGUGUUGCGGAGGCGGUUCGAGGAUUCACAAAACUCUGCCUCAUACAGCAGUCGAGAAGAGGACCCGUACGCUCUCGACAAUGCCCAUGGUGCAGCAGAUGCAGCAGAAGUACGCGCAGCAGCAGAAGCAGAAGCAGCAGCAGCAGCAGCAGUCGCAGCAGCAGCAGCAGCAGCAGCAGUCAGUCAGUGCGUCCCAACAGCCAUUUGCCAGUGCCUCACAGCAGCAGCAGCAGCAGCAGCAGCAGCAGCAGCAGCAGCAGCAGCAGCAGCAGCAGCAGCAGCAGCAGCAGCAGCAGCAGCAGCAGCAGCAGCAGCAGCAGCAGCAGCAGCAGCAGCAGCAGCAGCAGCAGCAGCAGCAGCAGCAGCAGCAGCAGCAGCAGCAGCAGCAGCAGCAGCAGCAGCAGCAGCAGCAGCAGCAGCAGCAGCAGCAGCAGCAGCAGCAGCAGCAGCAGCAGCAGCAGCAGCAGCAGCAGCAGCAGCAGCAGCAGCAGCAGCAGCAGCAGCAGCAGCAGCAGCAGCAGCAGCAGCAGCAGCAGCAGCAGCAGCAGCAGCAGCAGCAGCAGCAGCAGCAGCAGCAGCAGCAGCAGCAGCAGCAGCAGCAGCAGCAGCAGCAGCAGCAGCAGCAGCAGCAGCAGCAGCAGCAGCAGCAGCAGCAGCAGCAGCAGCAGCAGCAGCAGCAGCAGCAGCAGCAGCAGCAGCAGCAGCAGCAGCAGCAGCAGCAGCAGCAGCAGCAGCAGCAGCAGCAGCAGCAGCAGCAGCAGCAGCAGCAGCAGCAGCAGCAGCAGCAGCAGCAGCAGCAGCAGCAGCAGCAGCAGCAGCAGCAGCAGCAGCAGCAGCAGCAGCAGCAGCAGCAGCAGCAGCAGCAGCAGCAGCAGCAGCAGCAGCAGCAGCAGCAGCAGCAGCAGCAGCAGCAGCAGCAGCAGCAGCAGCAGCAGCAGCAGCAGCAGCAGAAGAGCUCAAGCUCCAUUCCCCUGCUACGCUUGCCUGA